AUGCAGUCAACAUUCCUUCUUUGUGUGUGCUCGGCUUUGGUGCUCAUCUUUGCGCAAGAAGAACCUGAAGGUAUAGACGACGAAGGAGGAGAUGCUGAAGAGAUCUACAACAAGACGUACUCCGAACAUCAGACAGCACUGGAGAAAGCGAUCUUCCGCGACUACGUGAGCACAAGAAGACCUGUGAGGAAUACAUCCCAACCACUGGAUAUUAACAUCCAUUUCCACAUCGUGCACGUGUCGAUCAACCAGGAGGAGCAAACAAUGACUGUCCAUGGGCAUCUCUACAUGGUACUUGUUCAUUUAUGGGAAAUACAUUUUCCGAAAUAA